AUGUUCAUAUAUAUUGUAAUAGCAGCGAGUAUUCUGUGUUUUUCGCAGGUGGAGAAAUUGGGAACGGUUGUAGGGAAAUACCCUUCAGGGGCAGCGUCCACUAGCUCAUGUUCCUCGGCUGGGAAUAACGAUGUGCAAGAAAACAGGAGUUGUUUAGAUUUUUACUCUGGGAUUUUGGGGAUGAAAAAGUGGAGAAUUAUGGAGAUUGCUGAACAAGAAAUGGAAGAGUUGAAGACGAUGGCAAUCGACGGUGAACCGCUGUGGGUUCGAAGCGUUGAAACUGGUCGUGAAAUACUUGACUAUGAUGAAUAUGUUAAACGGUUCCCUAUUGAAAAUUCAAGCAAUAGAAGGCCAGAAAGACCAGCUAUCGAGGCGUCUAGAGAGACGGGGGUUGUUUUUCUUGAUCUCCCAAGGCUACUACAAAGCUUCAUGGACGUGAAUCAUUGGAGAGAAAUGUUCGCAUCCAUAAUCUCAAAGGCAGCCAUUGUGGAUGUGAUUUGCAAUGGUGAAGCUCCUAACAAAGAUGGUGCUGUACAAUUGGUAAGUCCUGCAUUUGAAUUUUAG